AUGUGGCUCAUCGACACAGAUACGCUCCGGCUUGUGGGGGUUCAAGGCGACCCUCAGGAGGACUAUGCCAUACUGUCUCACACAUGGGGCCGAGAUGAAGUGACAUUUUCCGUUUUCCAAGCCAUCACUAAGGCAUCCGAAAGGCAUUCAUUUUCAACCCUAGACGAUAUGAGAGAGCACAUCGGGGUUACCACCACAAGUGGUUAUGGGAAGAUCAAGGACUCAGCAAAAUUGGCAAAAGCCCAGGGCCUCAAGUAUCUUUGGGUCGACACAUGUUGCAUCGACAAGACAAGCAGCGCCGAGUUGUCCGAGUCUAUCAACUCCAUGUACCGCUGGUACCAGAAGGCCAAGGUCUGUUACGCUUUUCUGCCUGAUGUUGAGCCCGUCGCCGCAAACGAUCCAUUUGAAAAGAACUCGAGCUUCCGGAAAAGCCGCUGGUUUACGAGAGGAUGGACCUUGCAAGAACUCAUCGCCCCGACGACGGUUGAGUUCUAUGCCAAAGAUUGGUCUUUGAUCAACACCAAAAACGCCAGCAACAACAACUUUUGCGACCUUCUGAUGCGCAUCACCGGAAUCAACGCAUCCGUUCUUGGAGGCACAACGUUCUUGUCCGACAUCAGCGUGGCCAAUCGGAUGCAAUGGUCAGCCACAAGAGAGACGACUAGAAUUGAGGAUUUGGCGUAUUGUCUUCUUGGUAUCUUCAAUGUCAAUAUGCCACUUCUGUACGGCGAAGGCAUGCGCGCCUUUAUUCGACUACAGGAGGAAAUACUGAGAGAGACGGACGACCAAUCGUUGUUUCUCUGGGGUAUCCCGGCAGACGAGACACCAGAUGGUGAUACUCUCUACGGGCUGCUCGCUCCUUCGCCACGCGCAUUCUCCCAGCUGGACCUCGAUCGAGUCCGGCCGCUCCCUCCCUCAGGGGCACAGCAGAGCACACCAGCAAGUGUCACCAGUCAAGGUCUGAGGACAAGUCUUCAGCUCUUUCCGUUCAAACCCGACUCCGACAUCUACUACGCUCUGCUAGACUGUGUCGCCUCCAGAUCUCAAGACGCAGCCAUUGACUGGAGCCCUUGCAUCAUCGUUCAGCGUUUAUGGGGCGAUCAGUUUGCACGAAUCACGUCUGCACAGGGCUCUGUGGCCCUCUUCCCCGAGGAUUCCCUGGACGAAAACGACGGAACGCUCGAGAACGUUUAUGUGAAGCAAAGUCCCUUCCACGCUUUGCCCGAGUUGGCGGUUCAGACCAAAUCGCGCCGGGGAGACAACAGAAACUCGCGCCACCUGGAGUUCAGAGUAGCUUCGGCGUACCCGCCAGAGAGGUGGGAUUCCACCUUGUCCAUCAUACGGCCCAAAGAGCCUCAGUCAGGAAGACCAUUCGUGGUGUUGCGAUUCGUUUCGGACGGAAGGAGCAUCACAUCGACAAUGGACGUGUCAAUCGGACUUCGCCGGGUGCAAAAGCGUUGGGAGUUGUGUUACGAGAAGCUCCCUUACGCCGACCGCCGUCUGAACCAAGUGUUCUACGAGGUUUCUGGGCUGGAAAUACCGCUGGACCGGAAGCUUUACGAUCCCAAUGGCCUAAAAUGUGUGAGAAUGAAUGUCACAGAAGCCAAUCGAAGGGGUCGACGAUUUAUUCAGAUUGGUCUGUCCGGUGCGAUCGAGCUCGACUCGGCAUCUACUGGGAAUGCAACCGCCUUGGAGAUCAUAGCUCGAAGACCUCGAAGUUCUUCACAUGAAAUAUCUGAAAUCACUCGCCAAUGCUUUUACGAACAGGGUCUAUCUUACGUUCUGACGCCCGAGGUUCGACAGCUUGAUGCGGUUAGGACGAGGCCUCCGCACUUGAAGUAUUCCCCAGGAUACUCGACCGCCAGUCUCGACGCCGUCGAGAUCGAUCCAAGCAAGCCGUACGCCAAAAUGAUAAAAGCGGUUCGAGCACGAAAGGAGAGAGAAAUCAAGUCACUGGUCAGCAAGGAUCCUCGAAUCGUCGAGUGCGAAACCGAAGAACAGGACAAUUUCAGGCCGAUACACUGGGCAGCAGCACUUGGCUCUCAAUCUCUCGUCAAGACGCUAAUCAAACUGGGCGCCGACAAGCGAAGCAAAACCAAGAGCGGUUAUAUGGCGAUUCACCUGGCUAUAUUUCACGGACGCUUCAAUCUCGUUGCGUACUUGUUGGAGGAAGAGCAGGCGAUUCAGUUCAAAGCGAGUCCUGACACUCUGUACCGAUUCCUGACGGAUCGGCACGAGUCUGUACUACACAUCCUAUCGGCCCCGGUUUCGAACGGAUUCGCACACGAAGGUGUGCGUAAGGCCAUUGAGAAUGUGAAAGCGGAAAUGGGUGGUGUUCAUUCGAUGUCGCACAUGAACUGGCUGGGCGAAACCCCGCUUCACCGAGCUGCGGCCUCUGGGGAUCUGAACGGUAUCAAGUUCUUGACAGACUUGAGCGCGGGGGCUGGCGUGAGGGACAAGCAGGACAACUGCGGACGCUCCGUUCUUUUCCAUGCGGCUUGCGGCGGCAGCCGUACUGUCAUCGAUCACCUCCUGGACCUAGGAGCUAUGUUGGAUCUGGCAGACGAACAAGGCCGCAGUCCGCUCCACGCGGCCGUCAUGGCCAACAAUCCGGAAGCCAUCCAUGCCCUGCUAAGCCGGGGUGCGAAUGUCAACAACGUCACCCAUGAGAUCGGCCUGACACCAUUACACCUCGCUUGUCUGUAUGGAUUUUCCACAAUCGUACAGCAACUACGAGGGGCCGGUGCGCGUGUCAACCAGUGGACGACUGGGAGCCUGUCAUGCCAGCCACUGCAUCUUUCAGUUGCUAACGGACACCACGAUUGCGUUUAUGUUCUUGUCAACGACACCGCCUGUGAGGUAGACAGCCGCUGUAGCAGCUAUCUCUUUCUCACAAAGUCUGAUUCUGGACUUCAGUAUCAAGGGGACCUAGUGAAGCUCCAAAAGCCGUUGAAGCCUGUUGACCUUGCAACUAGUCUGGGUCUCAGCGGUAUAGCAUCGACAAUACAAAAGCAGAGCACCUAUGGCAUCAACAGGUCGGGAAAUGGAAGCAAUGCGGGAGAAGCGACGCCUCCUGACCGAUCAUCUAGAGCAGAGGCAUCUAGUGCCCCGACGGGUCCCCUGAUAGGUCUGCUUGGGCUCGAGAUGCUCAGCGAUGAUUAG